AUGGCUGCCACUCAGAAUCACCCGCCCUCACCGGAUCUCCCCCCCACGCCUGCUCUAGGAGCGUACCGCGACCUCUCACGCUGCGUCUCCACGGCCUCAUCCCUCUCCCACGGCUCCGUCACCGAGGACAGCUCACGGGACUCACUCGGCAGCGGCCUCAACAACACUUCGCGCCACUCCUCGGGCUCCUUCCACUCCCGCCGCUCCGAUGCCUCUCACGUCUCCCGUCGCUCCACACACUCGGCCGACUCCAAGACGCGCAGACGGGGUUACAUGCGGCCCCAGGCCACCGACUUUGCCGCCAGCGCCCGCUCCCGCGAGAGCGUCAUGAGCCUCGGCAGCAUCGCGCAUCUGCAGUAUUACUUUGCUCGCACCGGCUUGCUCGACGGCAAGGGCGCGCAGCUCGCCCGCAAGAAGCAGCCCAAGGUCACACUCGAUCUCUCCGCCCUCGACGGCUCCGCAGACGGCUCCGGGCUUUCCGCCUCGGACUUUGACUCCUCGUACGCUUCCAUGGGUAGCAGCCCCGACCUCGCCUCGCAUGGCUUCGCCGCCACCACCAUCACCGAGUCUCUCCUCAAGGACAACGAUGAGGACUAUUGCGACGAAGAUAGCUUUACCGAGUCGGAAUCAGGCAUACUACCUCCGACCGUCAGCACGUAUCAUCACAGAGAGACGCCCAUCCCACGGCCGCCGACGAUAGAGGAACUCAAAGCGGAGCUGGAAACGUCUCUCCGUGACGCCCAAAAGGCUCUCAAAGAGGCAGAGGCGAGAAAGGCCGGUUCCUACCUCGCCUCGCCCGACGAGCCGCUGCUGCCCAACAUGCCCGAGGAGAACUCUCAGGGUUGGUAUGAGCUCCAGGGUAUGCACAUACUCGACGUCGUGACCCUCGCCAUUCGCGCUGCCAAGAUGUACUACACGGCGCACGAGCAGCCGGACCGCCUCGACUCGAUCAAGUCGGAGAAGCAGGUCCGCUCCGAGCUACUCGCCGUCAUGGAGGUUCUGAAGCAAAUGGCCCUUCGCGGCUUCAAAGGAGGCAUGAAGGACGACGACAUUCGGACCAUGCUCGCUUGGACCGACAGCGUCUUCGGCAUCCUGGCGCAGGAGGAGCGCAUCGAGGCAGCCGAAUCCGCCGAGCGCGCCAGUUGGGCCUGGAUGGCCGACGCCGACUGGUCUGGCCGCGAGCGUGCCCGCGAGCGCGCCUUUCUCGUCUCCAUGGACUCCAACGCCGCCGACGCCACGCACGGUCUUCCGCCCUGGGACACGCCCGCAGCCGACGCCGCGACGCUUCCUACGCCGUUCCUCGCGGCCAUGCAGGACGGCCGGCGCCUCGUCGCGCUGCACAACGCCGCUGUCCACAAGUCAAAACGCCGCUUCGGCGCCAUCCCCUCGUUUCACACGGACACGCAGAAGCCGUACCGCUGCGCCGACAAUCUCCGCUACUGGGUCAAGGCCGCCGAGCUGCGCUUCGAAGUGGUGCUCUCCGUCGACGCGCUGGCCGUGGCGUACGGCACCGACCGAAAGGCGUGGAUCGAUUUUGAAGCAGCCAUUUUGAAGUGGUGCCGGCACGUACGGCAGGAGAUUGCCGCUGAGCUUAUAAAAUAG